AUGUCUGAAUCUGAGUCAAUUUUUCACGAUGUGACCGUCAUUGGGGCUGGUUGGUCAGGGUUAAUGGCGUGUAAGUACAUGCUGGAGUUUGGACUGACUGUUGCCACGUUAGAGAAACGUUCAGAGGUAGGUGGGUUGUGGUGUUUCUCAGAGGACCCUAACAUUGUCACAGUCAUGCAGACUACAAGAACGACUUCAUCAUCAUCCGUGACAGAAAUGUCAGAUUUUCCAAUGCCGGAGGAGAUUGGAUGCUUUCCCAAGCACGCAGACAUCUUCGCCUACUUGAAAUCCUACUGUGACGAGUUUAAGUUGUGGCCUCACAUUCGACUGGAUCACGGAGUGAAGUCAGUAGAGAAGAGAGACAACCUGUGGCGAGUUGAAUGCGAGAACGGCAGCGUGUUCACCAGCAAAUUCUUGAUAAUUUGCACAGGCUGUGUACAGAAGCCUAAUCGAGUUCUGGAACAGACUCUCCUUAAAGAUUUCGCUGGCAAAAUCUACCACAGCUCUGAGCUCAAGUCAUUUGUCCCUGAGCAUAAAGGCAAACGAGUGAUGGUAAUUGGUGGAGGCGAGACUGCCAGUGACGUGGUUGAAGAAUGGUGUGACAACGUAGAUCGCCUUAUUUGGAGUAUACCACGUGGAAUGCAUUUCUUCCGUAAGUUUGCAAAGAUUCUGCCGAACCGACAGCCCCAAGUCCUGGACAAGGCUUCAUCUCGUGCGAUGAAAUUCGUCGCUCCUUUCACAAAGGGAAAACCAGGUAAUCCCAGUAACUAAUAUGUCAUCUUGUUGAGUUUAGAUUUUCUUUCUUGAGUUUACAGAGAUCAAAGUUUGUGCAUUUAUUUCUUUUCAUGGGUCAUUUUGCUGAUAGCACGACUAUAAUAACGUAGGAUUAAUGUGAAUUUGUUAUUUGAUUAUAUAUCAGUGUUAAAAGAUUUACUUCUUGUAUUUUGUUUGAUCUUCCUUCACCUUUCUUUUUCUCGCUUUCUCCUCUUUCCUUGUCCCUAUUUUCUGGAGGGGUAUCCUCCCUGUCGCUCUAGUGACCAUUGAAAAACACAACGUAAUGUUAUCUUAACUCCUCAAAAUUAUCGGAGAUGUUUCAGGUGAUCGUUUUUUAGUCGGUUCGUCCCACUAUUUGGCUCACAAUAAUGUUAGUUCUCCUUCCCUUGCAGGGCUAGCGUGGGUAUGUAAGUGGACGUCAAACGGUUCACUACUCGCCUAUCAAGGUCAUGGUAUAUCCGAGUGGAAAAAUGACACCAAAUUUUUUCAGUGUUUCGUCAACAAAAAUGGUCAUGUGCUUGAUAUGGUUGACUACAACCGUUGUAUUCCAAAAGGCGCAAUUGAGAGCGUGAAGGGUAACGAAGUACAUUUCUGUGACGGCACAGAAGAAGAGGUUGAUAUUAUCAUUCAGUGCACAGGUUACAAGGCAGAAUUUCCCAUGCUCCCCGCGGAAAUAAAGACGGUUCCUCUCACCCACAACUACAAGUAUCUGUUCAACGUCGAGGACCCGACAUUGGCUUUCAUCGGAUAUGUUCGGCCAGUGCUCGGAUCAUUGAUCACUUUGGCUGAGAUUCAAUCGUUUUUUAGCGCGAAAGUUUUCUCGGGACUGUGUGAGCUUCCUUCCCGAGAUGAAAGGCAGAGAAUAGCUGUGAAAGACAAGUUAUUUUGGGACGACUACUUUAAAGAUUCCUCCCGUAGACUUUCUACCUUGGUGGAAGCCUACACUUACGGAGAUGACAUCGCUAGGUUAUGCGGAAUAUUCCCUGAUUUCUGGACAAUGUUCAAAAGAAAUCCGCGUCAAGCAAUAACGGCGAUAUGCGCCCCAUACGAUAGCUGUUCAUUUCGCUUAAAUCAGCCAGAAUACCGAGAGAAGGCGUUACAGCACCUGCGGUACCAGAUGUCUGGGACUUUCUCUCCAAUACAUUUACUGCUCAUCCUCUUCAUGCGGCUGAUCUGGUUCGACUUCUGGCUGGAUGUCCUGGGCGAAAUCAAGUACAAGAUCCAGUGCGCAGGAUGGUGGAAAAAGAUAAGAGAUUGUCGACCCAUUCGUUUCUUAGAUUGGUGCUGGCAGGCUCCUAAGAGAUGGCUCUUUGAUAAUAAAACAAGAGCCUGA